UGUUUGUAUUGUGAGAGAGACAGAACAGUGUGUGUGAGUGAAAAAGACACUGAGAAUAGAAUAUAUGUGUGUGUGUAUGUGUUUGUGUGUGUGCAUGGAAAAGCACAGAGUGUAAGAGUGAGGCAGACAGAAAUGUGUGUGACAACAGUAUAUUUGUGUGUGUAUGUGUGUGUGUACAAGUGAGAGAACAGAGUGUGUGAGAAAGAAUAGAAUAUAUGUGUAUGUGUGCAUGAAACAGAACAGUGUGUGUGUGUGUGUGUAAGAGUGAGACAGAACAGAGUGUGAGAGUGAGACAGUCAGAGAACUCUGUGUGUGUGUGUGUGUGUGUGUGUGUGUGUGUGUGUGUGUGUGUGUAAGAGCGAGAGGGAGAGGGCAAAGCGAGCCAGAGGGAGAACAGGGUCUCCAUGACAACUGGCCUGGCCAGCUCGUCGUGCUUGUGCUCACUGGAGCUGGAAGGAGCUCUGGAAGGGUCAGAGGAAGGAGCUGUGGGAAGCACACAGCAGGUAUCGGAGCUCAGCGAGCGGAUUGGGGGGCCCGGGCUCCCCGGCCUGAGCGUGGCGUGAGCGCACCCCGCUGAGGAUGGAGUGGGCAGGAAAGCCCCGGGAGUUUCAGGGACUUGGAUUCACGGAGAGCCGAAAUGACCAUGACUGCCAACAAGAAUGCCAGCAUCACCCACGGAGCUGGAGGCACUAAACCCCCCCGGGAGACCCUGGGCCGGUCUCAGUCGGUCUCUCCACCUCCGGUCCUCUCCCCGCCGAGAAGCCCCUCCUGCCCGCUCAGCCACAGUGAAGGCUCGGCCAGCAGCUCCCCCGCCGGCCCCGGCUCCCAGCUCGUGCUCAGGGACUGGAGCCCCCAGGCCGCCUCGCCCGACAGCCCCCCUGAGCUGCCCCUGGCCGGCCGGCCGAGCCACCCCCCCAAGGCCGCCAGCCUCGGCAGCUCGGACAGCAGGCUCUCGGGGCCCAAGGGCCGGCAGGCGAGCCCCCCCGGGGAGGCCCGGAAUGGCGAGGAGGUAGCCGGGCGCCCGCCCCUGGCCCACAGCACGCCGUCCCUGGGCCCCUCGGCCUGCCUGCGGAGCGUCCCGCGGGGCCGGCCCGGCACCCGCAGCCUGGGGAUCCGGGAGAAGAUCUCAGCAUGGGAAGGCCGCCGAGAGGCCUCGCCCAGAAUGAGUGUGUUCGGGGAGAAGCGGGAGGGCCCCAAGAGUGAGCGGGCGGCCAGCGAGGGCUGCCCCAGCGUGCUGCCCUCCCCGUGCAGCUCCGACAAGACCUUUGACUUCAAGGGCCUCCGCAGGAUGAGCCGGACCUUCUCCGAGUGCUCGUACCCCGAGACGGAGGAGGAGGGGGAGCCGCUCCCGGAGCGGGACCCCUGCCACCGGCCGGACAAGCGGGCGAGCCGCGGCGAGCCCGGAGCCUUCCUCAAGGGCCGCAAGGAGAGCUCGGCCGUGCUGAGCCGCAUCCAGAAGAUCGAGCAGGCCCUGAAGGAGCAGCCCGGCCGGGGGCUCCCCCAGCUCCCCAGCAGUUGCUACAGCGUGGAUCGGGGGAGGAGGAAGACCACCCCCGUGGGCACCUUGGGCACCUUGGAGGAGUCCGCGGCGGGCAGCGGCUGUGGAGCGGGGGCUCCCGGGACGGGGGGUGAGGCGGGCCCGCCCCCGGAGAGCGAGGGGAGCAGCCUCAGCAAGCUAGAGCCCCCCCGAAGCAGCCCCAUCCCCAAGGUGCUCCCCGAGAGCCCCCCCGACCCAGACGUGAACCCCGUCCCGAAACCCAAGCGCACCUUCGAGUAUGAGGCUGACAAGACCCCCAAGAGUAAGCCGAGCAACGGUCUACCUCCUUCUCCCACGCCUGCUGCUCCCCCGCCCCUGCCCUCCACCCCAGCCCCCCCGGUCACCAGGAGGGGCAAGAAGGACUCACGCUUCCACCGCAAGUCCCAGAGCAGCCAGAUCAGAGGAGAGAAAUCACAGAGGGUUGUCAAGGAAUGGUGGUCCCUAAUAUAUAAAAGAAAAUCCUUUGAGUUUGAGGAUGCGACCAGUCUCCAGUCCCUGUACCCCUCCUCCCCCACCGAGAACGGUACUGAGAACCAGCACAAAUUUGGAUCCAAGAGCACUUUAGAGGAGAAUGCCUAUGAGGACAUUGUGGGAGAUGUGCCCAAAGAGAACCCAUAUGAGGAUGUGGACUUAAAGGGCCGGCGGGCAGGACGCAAGUCCCAGCAGCUGCUGUCCGAGAACUCCCUAGACUCUUUGCACAGGAUGUGGACUCCCCAGGAGAGGAAGUACAGCAACCCACCCCCCCAGCUCUCCCUGAAAUCCGGCACCCAGUCCUUGCGCGUCGGGAAUUGGUCCGAGAGGAAGGGUCACCGGUUGCCACGGUUACCCAAGAGGCACAGCCACGACGACAUGCUGCUGUUGGCCCAGCUGAGCUUGCCUUCCUCGCCGUCCAGCCUUAACGAAGAUAGCCUCAGCACCACCAGCGAGCUGCUCUCGAGCCGCCGUGCCCGCCGAAUCCCCAAGCUGGUUCAGAGGAUCAAUUCCAUCUAUAACGCCAAGAGGGGCAAGAAGAGGUUAAAGAAGCUGUCCAUGUCGAGCAUCGAGACGGCGUCCCUGAGAGACGAGAACAGUGAGAGUGAGAGCGACUCCGACGACCGAUUUAAAGCUCACACCCAGCGCCUGGUGCACAUCCAGUCCAUGCUGAAGCGGGCGCCCAGCUACCGGACGCUAGAACUGGAGCUGAUCGAGUGGCAGGAGCGGGAGCUGUUUGAGUACUUUGUGGUGGUGUCCUUGAAGAAGAAGCCGUCCAGAAACACCUACCUCCCCGAGGUCUCCUACCAGUUCCCCAAGCUGGACAGACCCACCAAGCAGAUGCGGGAGGCCGAGGAGCGGCUCAAGGCCAUCCCCCAGUUCUGCUUCCCCGAUGCCAAGGACUGGCUUCCUGUCUCUGAUUACAGCAGCGAGACCUUCUCCUUCAUGCUCACGGGGGAGGACGGCAGCCGGAGGUUCGGCUACUGCAGGCGGUUACUGCCAAGUGGAAAAGGGCCUCGCCUCCCCGAGGUGUACUGUGUCAUCAGCCGCCUCGGCUGCUUCGGCCUGUUUUCCAAGAUCCUGGACGAGGUGGAGCGACGGCGGGGGAUCUCGGCCGCCCUGGUGUACCCCUUCAUGAGGAGUCUCAUGGAGUCGCCCUUCCCCGCCCCAGGAAAAACCAUCAAAGUGAAGACCUUCCUGCCUGGAUCAGGAAACGAGGUACUGGAGCUGAGACGGCCCACGGACUCGCGCCUGGAACACGUAGACUUUGAGUGUCUGUUCACCUGCCUCAGCGUGCGCCAGCUCAUCCGUAUCUUUGCCUCGUUGUUAUUGGAGCGACGUGUGAUCUUUGUUGCUGACAAGCUCAGCACCCUGUCCAGCUGUUCCCACGCAGUGGUCGCCCUGCUCUACCCCUUCUCCUGGCAGCACACCUUCAUCCCUGUGCUCCCAGCCUCCAUGAUCGACAUUGUCUGCUGCCCCACCCCUUUUCUGGUGGGGCUGCUCUCCAGUUCCCUCCCCAAACUGAAGGAGCUGCCCGUGGAGGAGGCCCUGAUGGUGAAUCUGGGGUCUGAUCGGUUCAUCCGACAGAUGGACGAUGAGGACACACUAUUGCCUAGGAAGUUACAAGCAGCUCUGGAGCAGGCUCUGGAGAGAAAGAAUGAACUGAUCUCCCAGGACUCCGACAGUGACUCCGAUGAUGAGUGUAAUACCCUUAAUGGGCUGGUGUCUGAAGUGUUUAUUCGUUUUUUUGUGGAGACCAUCGGGCACUACUCUCUGUUCCUAACUCAGAAUGAGAAGGGGGAAAGAGCUUUCCAGCGGGAGGCCUUCCGGAAGUCCGUGGCCUCUAAGAGCAUCCGCCGCUUCCUGGAGGUUUUCAUGGAGUCCCAGAUGUUCGCCGGCUUCAUCCAGGACAGAGAGCUGAGAAAGUGUCGGGCCAAGGGCCUGUUUGAGCAGCGAGUGGAGCAGUAUUUAGAAGAACUCCCCGAUACGGAGCAGAGUGGGAUGAAUAAAUUUCUUCGAGGCCUGGGCAACAAAAUGAAGUUCCUUCACAAGAAGAAUUAAACCCUCUCUCGGCCAAGAGACUGUUUCUCAGAUUGAGCAGAGAGUCUGGUGCCUACAGAGUGAGGGGCAGCAGAGAUGGGGUCCCCCUCCCCAGCUGCUGGCACAGAGUUCCUGCCUCCUCCCCCCUGCUGACCACAGCUGCCGAGCCCCAUCCACGUGCAGGACGGCCCAGGAUGUGUGUUUGUAAAUAAUCUGCCACAAGCUUUAGGAGCUGGUUUUGUGAGGAGCAAGGAGAACGGUGUUAAAUAUUUGUAUAUUCCCGGGAAGACCGGGCCAUAGCAUGGAUCAAAUUUUGCUUGAUGCCGACGAUUGGCCACUUAUGUGCAACUGACUGUCUCAGCCGAACCACUGACCCUUCCCUCUGAGGAGUCUGUCCCUGGGCCCAGAACUGGGGCAGAGGGAUUUGGAUGCCUGAGGCUCCUGGUCUUGGGCUCCAGAGGGCAGGGAAGCCAUUUCAUUGGUGCAAGAGGACUGGUUUUUAUCUUUCAGAGUUUCUAUUUUUCUCUAGUUUUCUCUCUUUCUCAUUUGGAAAUACCAAGGCCAGCCAGGCCGCCUGUGCAGCAAGGUACUCGGCUCCUAGAUGCUCACCCUCGUGUCCCCCAGCCUUCCUCUAUUCCAAAUCAUGAGCUGUUGGGAGCCCCCCCACCUCUCCGCAGUCCGACUGCUGGACCCCAGCUGGCCAGCAGCAAUGGCGACUUGGUACAGCGCAUUCAUUCUCUGCAGUGUACGGGUGUUCCCAAUAAAUGGUGUACAGUUGUCUGGGUCCGAGGCUUUGCGUGUUGUUCCUUAGUGGCCCCUCAUGGGAGCCCCAGGGGCUGGGACUUGGGUACCACCUGGGGAAAUAAAUACCAGCACCCAAACAAAAUCCCAUUACGAGGUCGGCCUCCAGACCCUUUACCCUGAGUUUCCCCAUCCAGAAUAGAUAGUAAGCCCUUGACCUACUUCCUCGGUACCUUGAUCUAGAAGUCUUUAAGAAGAAAAGUCUAUUUUUGGAUGGCAGACGCAGGGACAAAGAUGUGAUUUCCGGAGCCUUUUUACUUUGAUGAGUUGCUCAUUUAGAAUCAUAGAAUUUCAGUGUUGGAAAGGGUUGAGAAGUCAUCCCUUUAUCUACAGAAAUCCUCUCUAAGCAUCUCUGAGAAAAGCUUAUCGGAAGGUCUUUAAACAGCCUAUUAUGAGACACUCAGGAUCUUCACAGACCAUUUUCAUUGUUCAUGGGUCUACCCCUUUCCACCUAACAACUUCAGUCCCUAGGGCCUUUGAGGCUUGCGCAGUCUCCAACCUAGCUGUGGUUUGGAGGUGCUACCCGCCUCAUAGAGCAAAGGGGAGAGCUUUUCUGCAGGGAAGAUGAAGACAUUUUCUCCCAGGAAAGAGUCUCCCUACAUGGUCAGUUAGGUCAUCACCAAGGAGAACAGGGUGGGGUUUGCCAUGUCUGACAGAGCUGGGUGUUUAACUUGUGGUGAUGGGGAACUGGAGAAAUUUCCACUGUGAGCCCAGCCUGGGCUUCCCGGUGUCUUUGAACAAUGGGGUUUAUAGAAGUUGCCUUAAAAAAGUGAAGGAGCAUAUUUAAGAAGUACCUCAGAACCAGUGGGCCCUAAACAAGUGUUAAAAACUAGUCAUCAGCAUGUCUUAACAAGUUCUAAUUUCAGGCAUUUUGUCUCCUUGGGACUGGAAGAGAUUCUCCAUAGAAUCGCCUGGUGGCCGAGGGCGAAGAGGACCGGGAAGAUUUCUUCAGUGUGUUUGAUGAGUAAGCCACCUUCUGGCAGGCCUUCAAUGGGAAUUUCAGAGAUGGCAAAAUUGUUUUGUUUUUGCCAAACUUCAUUCCUUGAAAUUUCACGUGAUAAUAGGACAGGUAGGAGCCAGGUCUCAGAAUCACUCCAAAGCCCGUAUCACAUGUGGGGUAAGAAGUGGGCAGCUUCUUGGAGAACAAGAUAGGAUUCAGACAUGUGUAAAAAAAUCUCUACCUUUCCUGCAAAAGGAGGUCUCCUGUGCAGAAGAAGGUCUCCUGUGCAGAAGAACUUCCAGUUUUACAGGAUGGCCUUCUCAACUGGUGCCCUGCUCUAUUCAUAGUCAUGUUAACAUUCCACAAUUUUUGACCUGUUAAUUUGUGAUACCUGGUCCUGGAUCAUAAUUUUUCCUUUCCUGAACUCUAUCAGCAUCUCUUUCCCCGGGAAUCAUAGUAAUGCACUUUGGUGUAUUACUGUUUGGUAUAUGUA